AUGAAGCUUUAUAUGUCCAGACUUCAUAUGGUUUCUCUUUCGUUUGAGAGCACUGUGCAGGUUGGCAAACUGCAGGACCUUAUCAACCGAAGUAAGAUGGCGAGGUGUAGAGGACGAUUUGUUUGCCCAGUCAUUCUGUACAAGGGAAAGCAUAUUUGCAGAUCAGCAACGCUGGCUGGCUGGGGAGAGCUCUAUGGGCGCACCGGCUACAAUUACAUCUUCUCAGGAGGUUCUGAUGAUGCCUGGGCGGAUGCAGAAGACAUUUCAGAGGAAGAUUCUGCACUUAGAAAUGCCGACUCCCAGCUGUUUGACAAGGUCAGAGGGCACGACAUCAAGCUGCUUCGAUACCUUUCUGUCCGUUAUAUCUGCGACCUGAUGGUGGAAAACAAGAAGGUGAAGUUUGGCUUGAGUGUGACGUCUUCCGAGAAAGUGGACAAAGCUCAACGUUAUGCUGAUUUCACGCUUCUCUCCAUCCCAUAUCCAGGCUGUGAAUUUUUUAAGGAGUACAAAGAUCGAGAUUAUACAGCUGAAGGUCUCAUAUUUAACUGGAAACAGGAUUAUGUAGAUGCUCCAUUAAGUAUCCCAGCCUUUCUGACCCAAUCUCUGAAUAUCGAUUGGAGCGAGUACCAGAGCUGGGACCUCAUACAACAGACACAGAACUACCUGAAGCUGCUGAUCUCCAUCAUCAACACUGAUGAUGACAGCGGGCUCCUGGUGCACUGUAUAUCUGGCUGGGAUCGAACUCCGCUCUUCAUCUCCUUAUUGCGCCUCUCCUUAUGGGCUGAUGGGCUGAUUCACGUGUCCCUGGAGCCAUCAGAGAUUCUCUACCUGACAGUGGCCUAUGACUGGUUUCUCUUUGGGCACAUGUUAGCUGAUCGACUCAGUAAAGGAGAAGAGAUUUUCUUUUUCUGCUUCAAUUUUCUGAAGCACAUCACCUCUGAGGAGUUCUCUGCUGUGAAGUCACAGAGAAGGAAGAGUUUGCAGCCUGGCUUCACCCUGGAAGAGAUCUGCAUGCUCAAGCAGAGAGACCGAGGCAGCACCACAAGCCUGAGCAGCGACUUCUCCCUGGGGAUGGAGAGUUCACCUGGAGCAGCUGGGAGCUUCACCUAUGAAGCAGUGGAGCUCAUGCCAGCAGGAGCACAGGCUCAAGCAGCAUGGAGGAAGAGCUGCACAUCAUCACCACAAGCCGUACUGUGGAGCAGGGCACAGCUGUCUGAAGACAGGCUGCCUUCCAUAGGGAUGGCCGAAGUCAAGUCCUCCAGCUCCUCCUCAUCAACCCAUUCUGAUAACUUCCUGAGGAUGGGAAGCAGCCCACUGGAAGUGCCCAGAUCCAGAUCGGCCGACCAUUCUCUGCCCGGAUCUUCCGUUUCCACAGACUUUGGCAGCUGGCAGAUGGUGACAGGGUGUGGCAGUAUUCGGGAGCAGGCAAUCCUGAGCGCAGACGCCUCUCUCCCUUGCAGCUUCCCGGAUGAGUUGCCUAGCACUUGCCU